CGCCGUCGUUGGUCUCACUUGCAGUUCGCGCCCGCGGUUCACUCAGUCAGUCAGUCAGUCAGUGGUGCAGCGGACAACAUGAGGCUGCUUUUGUGAGCGAACCGGCACCAGACGACCACGACCACCCGUUUCGUUCGCUUUUCCUCUUUGUGUUGUUCGCGAAAUCUGACAAGCUAUGGCCACGCUAAUGGGCGGCGUCGGCUUCGGAGCCGAGGUGACCGCCCUGCUGAUGGACUCGCGCACCCUGCGCCCCUUCAAGAGCAGCGAAGAGUACCUGUACGCCAUGAGGGAGGAUUUGGCCGAGUGGCUGUGCGUCCUUUACCCGCAGCUGCAGAUCACCGUUGACACCUUUAUGGAUCGACUUGAGGAUGGAGUCGCCCUUUGCAAGCACGCCAACAACGUGCGAAAAGCGGCCGCCGAGCACGCGCAACGCAAAAUGGAGCGCUCCAUCAGCAAGGGCAACCCUUUCGAGGUGCGUUGGCCCAUCCUGUCGCCCAAGGACGUGCAGUUCAGGGCAAAUGUCAAACCGGGCACCUUCCUCGCCAGGGACAACGUCAGCAACUUCAUCACCUGGUGCAGACACGACCUCGAGGUCCACGAGUGUCUGCUCUUCGAGACCGACGACCUCAUCCUCAGGAAGAAUGAGAAGCAUGUCGUCCUUUGCCUCAUGGAGGUGGCACGACGUGGUGCCAAAUUUGGCAUGCCAGCCCCAAUGCUGGUCCAGUUUGAACGCGAGAUUGACCGCGAAAUUGCUCGAGACCAGAAACGUGAACGGGCUGGUUCCACUUCAGGGGAUGGAGGCGAUUUGCUCAACGGUGUCGCCAAUGGCACCGAAAAUGGUGUCGAUUUGGAGGAGGAAGAAGAGGAGGAAGAGGAGGAGGAAGAUUACCCUAUUGAAUAUGGACCCAUCCCACAAAUUGUCACCAACGAUCUGAAGAGCUUGGACGAAAUGGUACGUGAUUUGGUGGAGAGAUGUACCUGUCCUACGCAGUUCCCCAUGAUCAGGGUCUCCGAGGGCAAGUACCGCAUCGGCGACACCAAAGUGCUCAUCUUUGUCAGAAUUUUGCGCAAGCACGUAAUGGUGCGCGUGGGUGGCGGCUGGGACACACUUUCUCAUUACCUCGACAAACACGACCCGUGCAGGUGCAGGGCAGGCCACCGCACCCUGCUCUCCUCUCGUCUGGUCACCAAGUCCGGCAACAAUGUGGAUCUGAACACGGCUCAGGUGCAUUACGACCGGGUGCCAACGUCGCCGCCACGCACGCGCCGCUCGAGCACCUCAAGCCAGGGCAGCACCUCCGAAGCCACCCUGCGGCCGUCCAUUUCCGUUCCCGCCUCCCCCGCCCGUGCUCGACCCCGAAGCCGCUCGCCGCGACCUGCAAGCUCCAACCGGCCGCGCUCCAGGUCGCCGCGACCCCCGCAGAACGCCAACAACUCCGACUCGGGGUCAGAGGUCAGCGAUGAGGGCUACCGGAGUCUGGGCCACAAACUCACCGUGCCCAACGACGACCUGCCCACAGAACGGCCCGAAUCAGCAAUUUCACAGCGAUCCAACGGUUCCGACUGUUCCGAUCACCUGUCGCCUCCAUCGCGUUUGCGCAACGUGACGCGACGCAGCGCAAGUCCAUGCGUGCGCAAACCCACCCCUUCCACCCCCAAAACGCAGCCGCUGCCUCGCAGCCGUUCCGUCUCAGGCUCAGGAGUUUCAGACCCGAAAAUAAAUUCAGCCCCCGCCUCACCCCUGUCCCGCACGGCCGUGGGCUACCGCAGCGCCCGCAGCCUCCGUGCGCCGCCCCCGGCGGCCGGCGGCAACACCUGGAACGGCCCCCGGAGCACAAAGUCGCGGCCCGCGUUGGGCGCCGACACAUUCCAGUCGCCCUUCGCCAGAGACAGCACGCGCCGCAGUCUGCCCAAAGACUCGCGCCGCCCCCAACCGCCGCCUCCGACCUCCACCCCCGGCUCGCCCGCCAAACAGGUUUUGCUGCAGCAGAUCAUCGCCUCCUCCGAGCAGGACGAGGCGGCGUUCAUUCAAAACCUGCGCGAGAUCAUCAGCCAGUACGAACACAAGGUCGAGGCCCAUCCGACCCCGAGAAAGAUGUCCGGCGACUCCAAGAUUCCUGUGCCUACCUUUUACAAGCAGAAUGCCAAACCGGGCAACUCUCCCGACGACGUUUGCUGCCUCUGAAUUAAUUAAUUAAGACUUUCCGACGCGAGUGAAUUUAUUAACUUGUUUUUUUUUUAACGCGCAGAA